UUAAUAUUUGUCGGCGCAGGGCUCUGAUUGCAUGCGAAAGCAAAUAUUUCAUAAAAAAAGUUUUAAAAUAAAUGUUAAUUAUUUGCAUUAAAACUACACAAAAAUGGUAACACAAGAAUUUCAAGCAGUGAUCUUAGCUGCUGGUAGAGGUACUCGCCUGCCCGAAGUCUUGGGAAAUACUCCCAAAUGUUUGCUGCCCAUAGGACCUUACCCUUUAAUAUGGUAUCCUUUAAAUCUAUUGCAGCAGCACAAUUUCCAAGAAACCAUUAUUGUGGUUUUGGAAAGUGAACGUUCCGAAAUUCAGCUAGCUUUGGAACGUUUGUCAUUAAAAAUGAAAUUGGACAUUGUUAGCAUACCCUCCGACAGUGAUUUUGGCACUGCCGACAGUUUGCGUUAUAUACGCGACAAAAUCAUGUCCGACUUUUUGAUUUUAAGUUGUGACAUUGUUUCCAAUGUUUCUUUGUAUCCCUUGAUCAAUAAAUUCCGUCAACAUGAUGCUUCUUUGACGGCUUUGUUAUUUAAGAGUGGUUUUGAAUCGGAUGUUACUUUGCCCGGACCAAAAACUAAACACAAACCUGAAAGAGAUUUAAUUGGCAUACAUCCGGAGACAAAACGUCUAUUGUUUUUGGCUUCAGCCAGUGAUUUCGAAGAGGUAAUGAAUGUUAAUGCUCAUCUUUUGCGUAAGAAUGGUAAGAUGACAAUCUUCUCCAGACUAACGGACUCACAUAUUUAUGUUGUCAAGAAAUGGGUGCUGGAUUAUUUGGAAAAGAAAGAACACUUCUCCACUUUAAAGGGAGAAUUUUUACCUUAUUUGGUUAAAAAGCAAAUGGCCAGAGCUGCCGGAACUGGCGGUAAUGCUAAUCAUGUAUCAGAUACUCAAUCUGAAUUGGGUACUAGUAUCAAGCAAGAGGAAAAUAUAUUUGGGUUUAUUCCAAACUCAACUUUAGAUCAACUAAUCUUAAAAAUCACUCUUUAUAAUGAUAACAAAACUAAACCUUUAUAUCAUGGAGACUUACUAAGAUGUUACGCUUUGGAAGCACCCAAAGAAACUAUUGGUGUAAGAGUUAAUACUACUUUAUCAUUUUUUGCUGUGAAUCAAAAGCUUUCCACUAUUUGGCCUUUGCUGUGCGGUGGCCAGGAAAUACCUUUAAUAUCUUCCAAUGCAGUUGUAAACUCUACUCAAACGAAAGAAAUUGCCGUGGCCGAUAAUGCUAAAUUAUCUGAAAAGACUUCACUGAAUUUCAGUGUCUUUGGACCAAACUGUUUUAUUAAUCCCAAAAAUAUUAUUAAUAAAUCUUUGAUAAUGGCUCAUGCUGUUGUAGAGGAAGGUUGCAACAUAGAAAAUUGUAUUAUUGGUCCAAAGGCUGUGGUUAAAAAAGGCACAAAAUUGAAAAAUUGUUUGGUUGGCGCUAAUUUUGUGGUGGAAGAAGGUUCUUUAUUGGAAGCCAAACAUCUAACACAUGCUGAUGGUUAUAUGGAAAUUGAUAUACAAUGAACAUGUUAAUAUGUUGAAGGAAUCGUUUGCAAAUUAUUUUUCAACUAGGAAUUUUGUGUAAAAAAAAAUUAAAUGUUGCAUGACAACAAAUUAUA